UGCUGUAAAAAUGAUUCUGUUUGAAAGAAUCAAUUCAUCUGGAAUAUGUGCACAAAUUGCAGAGUCCGUGCAAGGAAGGAUAGCAGAGACCAAGAAGAGCUUUUGAUAGUUUGCAAACUCUGCAAACAUUUCAUUCACAUGGGUUGUUCACACCUACCUGGUACAAAAUUUAAAAAGUACUCUUGGUCGUGUUGCUCAUGUGUAGAAAAACAAACAAUGCGCUUCAAAAGUAACAAAGUUACUGGUACUGCUGAAGCAGAAGGAAGUCCCGAGAAGCAAGAAAGCUCUUCUUCUCAAAGUGCCACACCUUUUUGUUCAACAAAAACGUGGCCAUCUUUUCAAAUUCCAAUUAAAAAGCAGUGGCAUCGGCGGCAAGCUUUUAUGGACAAUUUUACUGCUAGUGAGGAAAAGAAUCCCUUCCUUGCUGCACUAGAAAAUUCAAAGAAUGAAUCACUUUCAAGCUGUCUAAGGGACGUCAAUAAAUCAUCAGAUGAUUCGUUUAACAAAUCUAAUUUUCUUAUUCAACCUUUUUCUUCUGCAAAGGGCAAUUUAUUUCGUCCAAAACCAAAAGGACUGGUUGAUGGACUGUCGCGGUUUUUUACCCCGACUAAUAAAAGAAAGUCACGAGUAGCUAUUUCAUCUUUAGGUGAUUCUUUAACACUUGGUAAUGAGAUGCAAGUAGAGCAUGCAGCUGAUGACAGCUUCUCAGGUAAGCAGUUCUGUGAUCAAACAGCAGUUAAUGAAGAAACAUCUGACAAUGAGUUAUUUGUGGAAACCCAGCAUAAAUUAUGUGCUGAUCCUUUCGUGCCCUCUGGAAAGAUUAGUUCCCCGUCCAACGUUCAACCAUCAUUUAAUGCAAAUUCAAAACAAACAAUGUCUCUGAAUGUACAGUCUCCGAGUGCAAAACCUAGUGGAAGUGGUCCAUUAAAAAAUCUUUUUGAUGGCUUAUCGCAUUUAUAUACUGCAUCAACAGAUACUCGUAAGCGAGGACAAAAGGUUUCUAAUCAUAGUUUACCUUCUCCAAAGCGAGUUUGUAAAGAUAUUUCUGGUCUUAAAGAAAAGAAUCUUACAGUACCUGUGUUUUGUGAUAGAAAUAGUACCGGUGAUUCAUUGCUUGACAAAAGUUCGGAAACAAAAUCUGAAGUAGAGAAUGUAUCUGAAUAUUUUGAAACGGAUGUUGAAAAUACAUCAUCGUCUGCGUCAAGUUCAAGCUUCUCAAAUAAUGUAAAAAUGGAAUUUUCUGAAGCAGAACCAUCUCCAUCUUAUGCUCUCAGUGAUAGUAAGUCCACUUCAUCGCCGCUUUCUUCUUCAGUGCCUGAAAAUACAUUUUUUGGUGAACCCAACAUUGUACAGGAAAGUUCAAAUCUGGAUGUCAAAGAUAAUGUUGACAAGAAAGAUUUUGAUGAAAAUAAAGAAAAAAUUAAUAAAGAAGAAAAUUUAUUCAUUAAUGUUACUGAAGAUGAUAUUUUGCUCUUUAAAAGAGCCCAACAAAUUGCUGAUCAAAAUUUAGGUUAUGAUUCAAGUUCAACGGCAAGAAAGCCCUCCUUGAUUCAAUUUGGCCAGUAUGAAAUAGCUGUAGUUUAUUCUUCACCUUACCCCAAAGAAUAUUUAAGGUUACCAAAAUUGGUUUUGUGUGAAUUCUGUUUCAAGUUUAUGAAAAGCAUCAAAACUCUUGACAGGCAUAUGAUGAAAUGUUCUCUUAAACAUCCACCAGCUGAUGAAAUUUAUCGGAAAGGAGAUUUAAGUAUUUUUGAAGUUGAUGGCAUUGCCAACAAAACGUAUUGCCAAAAUUUGUGUUUGCUUGCAAAGUUGUUUCUAGAACGAAAAACAUUAUUCUAUGAUGUAGAAUCUUUCUUAUUUUAUAUCUUGACUAAAAAUGACAGAAAUGGAUGCCAUUUUGUCGGCUAUUUUUCUAAGGAAAAAUUUUGCCAGCAGAGGUAUAAUCUCUCAUGCCUAAUGGUGAUGCCUCAACAUCGAAGAAAUGGUUAUGGGCGUUUUUUGAUUGAUUUCAGCUACCUCUUAUCUCAGAAGGAAGGAAGAUGUGGUACUCCUGAGAAACCAUUGUCAAAUCUGGGCCAUAUUUGUUACGAAUCAUAUUGGGAAUCAGUUGUACUAGAGCAUUUAAGUAAAGUAGAUAGAAAAAAGAAAAUAACCAUCAAAAGUAUAUGUAGGGCUACAGGCAUGACAUUUUUAGACGUUGUAUCAACUUUGACUGUCCUUAAUAUGAUAACAAGAAAUGAAUUGGGAAAGCUUUUAGUGACUGUAGAUGAAAAAUCCUUAGAAGUAUAUAUGCAAGAAAUAAGUAGAAAGAAAAUAAAGAGAAUUAUUCUUAGUGCAGAUUGCCUCUCAUGGGAACCACAGCGAAACUCUAAGAAUGACAAUUGCAAAAAGUGUAAAAAAGAAGCUUCUAAAAUAAGAGACAAAAAAAGGCAGCUGGUGAAUGAAAGAUCAAAAUCAAAUAAUAAAAUUGAGAAAGUUUUCAUUGGAGGAGAAUGGUAUUCGAAAGAAAGAAUUAAAUGUGAGACUUGCUUAUUGUCACAAGAAAGAGAAAGAAGAAAGUUGUUAAAACAUAAAAACAAAAGAAAAUUGGCUGAACGACAUAUUGAAUUGGAUACCAUAUUAGCGGAGCCUAAAAAGAAGCGACUUAAAUUGCCACCUGUUCACAGCUCAGUAUUAGAUUCUAGUGAUGAUUCUGCUGAUUAUGUUAAAUUCACAACUGCAAAAAUUAGAAAUUUAAAGCGAAAAUGGUUGAAGAAGCAUAAAUUGAAAAUGCAAAAAAGGUUCGAAGAACAGAAGCAAGAAACAGAUAUUUUAAAGUAUGCAGUUUUAGGAGAAAGCAGGAGCUCAAAAAUUAAGGUCCAUAGCUUUCUUCGAAAGUCCAGCAAAGUUAACAUUGAGUGCCAGAAAAAAAUGAAACACAAACGUUUCAAAAAAGAACGUUACAAAAAGCUAAGAAAGAAAGAUAAAAGUAAAUGUUAUGGUCAGGAACUUACGAAAGAUAAGAAAAAGCAUAAGGUCAAAAUGAAGAAGAAGGAAAAUAAAAGUUCUGAAAAAGAUGGAGAUCGAGAAGGUGUUCAAACUCCUCCUGUUUUACUUCCUGCUGUUCUAUCAGAAGAUGACUCCUCUCGGGAAGAAAACUCUGCUUCAGAACAUGAUUUGUUGCCACCUCCUCUUCUACAAGCAUCAGUAGUAGAAACUGUUGAAACUAUUGAAAAUGUAGUACCUUUACCUGUUGAAGAGAAAGAUGAAAUCAAAAUAGAAAUUCAGGAUGUUAUAGAAAUACAGCAAUUAGUAAAUUCACCAAAAGUUGAGGCUGAGAAUUUAACUACUGAAGUACUUGAAGAAGUUAUUGAUGAAAAUGAAGAUAAUGAAACUGAAGAUGUACCUGUACAUCAUGUUGAGCAGUUUGAGGAAGAAAAAGAAAUUGAUGAUGAUAUUAUAGAUAAGUCAGAGAAAAUUGAAGAAACAUUCAAUGAGGAAACUUCUAAAGAACCAAAAACAGUAGAGACAGCAGAUCCCUGUAAUAGUGCAAUUACAAAUAUGAUUGAUAGAGCGGUAGCUCCUCUUUUCGCUGAUGUUGAAGUUAUAGAGGAAAAUACUUUUUAUAAUGAGGUGAACAAUGAUUCACUGGAAGAUAGCCCUGUUGUUGUAGAAAAAAGUGAAUUUGUAGAAGUAAGUGCUGAAAAUGAAAUAAGUGAGUUAAGAGAAUCAGUUGAUUUAGCCGGAGAAGAGAUGGUUGAUAUUAACAGCAGUAAAAACAUGAGUAAUGAUAGUGUCGAAGUCAUCUUUCCCGAUCAGUCUGAUAAAAUGGAAAUUCAUUCUCUUCGCUCACCUGAGCCAUCUAUGCAUAAUAAUUCUGAAAGUUUAUGUUUACAUAAUGAGCUUAAAAAUGAAGAAGAAGAAAAUGAAGUAAGAGAAGCAGUUGAAGUAAUUAAUGAGCAAAUGGAGCAUUCAUCUGGUAUAGAUAUGCCACUAACGCCUCAAACUCCAGAGUCCGAUCAUUCAAGACAUUUUCGAGACCUUAGUCCAUAUCAACCUCAACAUGAUUGUGAGAACUCGAUUCAAGAAGUGGACGAUUCAAAUAAUGAGGAAUGUCAAGAUGUUGAAGAUGAUCCAAUAAAUAAGAUGUCUGAAAAUGUUCAGGAAUGUAGAUACCACGAACAACUUAAAAAUGUUGCACAAAGGAACCUUAAUGCAGGGAAUGAUUCUUAUUCUCAAGAUAUGAUGGAUCAGCCUGAAAUUAUUGUUGAUAUUCCUCAAGUUUCUCAGCCAUUGUCGCAAAGUUCUCAGUUGUCAAGUCAAAUGUCAAAUCCAUCGACACCAGUUGGAACUAUUGUUUCAAAACAUACACCUACACCUCAGGAGAUGUCUAGUAUGGGUGUUUAUACACCUGACUCUUCUACAAAUAGUGGAUAUAACUCUGUAGAAAUUGAUGUUUGUCAGUUAGGCUUAGAAUCUCCCACAUCAGUUUGCAGCAGUGAAAUUGCACAAAAUUCUGUUGAGGCAACCCGUUCUUCUACACCACAGUCAUACCCAGAUUGUGCACAGCUAAACAAUGCUUCGCCAUACUGUGCCAAUGUAUCAAUUUCUGAAGCAUGCUCUAAUCCUACUCGGCGAGAAAUGAUUGCUGCGGCAGCAGCUGCACAGGCUGCAGUUGUCCAAGCUCAGGCACAAGCUCAUCAUACCAACCAAAGUAGUCACUGUGUCAAUGUUUCUAAUAGAAAAAGACAACAUUCAAAUGCAGCUAUAGCCCAGAGAAUAGCAAAUAUACCAUCCGCUGGUCCAGUCUCUAGUUUAAUGCAGUCUAGUAUGGUAAGUGUUAACGCAACUGCUGUAAAUGCUUUGUUUGUUGGACCAGCUCCCAAUACCAAUAAUGGCUACAUGAAUGCAAUGAACAUGAGUGUCCCAUGUAGUAAUGCAACUGCUGGCGGUGGUCCAGUGGCUGGAUCAUACAUGGUCGGAGUUCCUGUUGCUACCGUUAUACAGCCACAAUCAGCUGCUGCUUUCGCCGCUGCUUCUAUGCAAAAUCACCACCAAUUGCAGCAAUCGCCUCAAAACUUUUCCGUUGCCAGCCAUCCUUCAGGUACAAUUUCUGGUGCUAUGCAAAGGCUAACACAUGUUGGUGUGUCACCAAGCAUAGCUCCAAAUACCUGUCCAGUUUCUUCAGUUACCCCAAAUUUUCAUAUACAGUCUCCUAGUUAUACCUAUACUCCUACACCAACUCCUACACCUAAUACUCCAUCACAAAUUGGUACCAGUUGUAGCCUAGCAAAAUUACAGCAGCUUACAAAUGGUAUUAUGGACAUUGUUCCCAAUCCACCCUGUAACACCAUGACCCCACCACCAAAUAUGACUCCGCCUUCUCCUCAAGUUAACAUGACUCCUCCACCUCAAAUGCAGCGCUCUAUAACCCCAGCAAUGACUGGACUUCAGCCUCAGUUACCGAUGCAGUCAAAUUCUCAUAGUUAUAGUAAAUAUCACUUUCAUCAUCGCCAAAUGCAGAGGAAUCCAAAUGUUGCUCUUAGUCCCAAUUUGGUAGCUAGUUAUCAGACUAUCAAUGGCGUUGGUUAUCGUAUACAGCAAGCUCCAACAGCUGCAGCUAUGUUAAAUACCGGUUAUAUUACAAAUGCUAGCUUUAUUAAUCAAGCACAGCUGCCACCUUCUGCUGCAGUCCAGAUGGGGAUGGUAAAUGUAAAUAUGCAUGGACAAACUCCAUACCAGGAGACUUUGCAACCUAAUAGGCCACAGAAUGCAAUGUAUACAACGUACAGCUAUCACAUAAGUGGCAACUUACAGCCACCGUCUAUAAAUUCGGUAAUGCGGCGGUAAGCAAGUUUCCAAACUCUACAUUGUUUCCAUUCUUCCACACAUGUUUUCUUUUCAUGAAAGAGUGUCUACCUCAUAAAUGUAGAUGGGCAUUUAUUACGAGCCAUACUUAAGAUUUAUAUUUAAAAUGAAUUCUUGCAUGAUAUGCAUUUGUCGGUGAAACCCUUUUUUCUUAAACAAAAAUAUUGAUUUUUGUGGUUAAUACUCAUAUUUUAUCACUAUAUUUUCAUUUGCACCAGUGAUUUUGUAUAUAGUUUUUACUUUUUGUGCAGCGUACUAAAAAUUUUAAUAUGAAGCGCGAUUUUGUUUUUAGAGUUUUUAAUUGUAUGUAAAUGAGACAUAUUUUAAGAAAUUAAUGUGUUUUAAAUUCUUUAUCAUCUCAUUAGUAGUUAUGUUUUGUAAAAUGAGGAACACAAUAGCAAAUAACCAUUUACGUAAUGAUCGUAUUUGUGUAUAAUGCAAGAAAAAUUAGCCAAAAUCAAGCCAGUACACAAGAGUUAAAGCUAGUCAAAUUUUUAUUAUUAGUUUGCGGAAAACUGAGGAAAGCAAGCAAUAUUUUUAAGAUAGAAGAAUCUUAAAUGUAAAAUUGCUCGACAGAUUUUCUAUGUUUUAGGGGACAAAAACAUGACAGUUCAUGUUUGUUAUUUUAUUAUAUUUUUUUCACUUGUUUCCAUUAUCCAUGCAUCAAAAUGAUGCAUUUUAAUCCCCAAAAGCUUAAAAAGCAGAAACCACUUCAUUUUUCUAAGAAUCUGAAGUUUUUUUUGCAUUUAAUGGUUUAUAUAAUUUUUUACUUGAAAAAAAAAUGUAUAAAAUAUAAAUAUUGUUAAUUUAGUGAACUACAUCAUACAAGGAAAGAAAGAGAGAGAGAAAAUAGUUUGUAUAGUGUACAAUAACUUGCACAACUACCUUUCGUACAAAAGUACAAAUACAGAGAUUUUAUUAUCUGUAUGUAUAUAUUUAUAUAUUAUAUGAUUUACCAGAAUCUCACUAUGAUUGAUGUCACUAUACUUGCAUUUGGUUUUUACAAAAAAAAAAAAAAAAAGAUGGAAAAGAAAAUUAUUAUUCUUCAUAUUUUAUUAGCACAUAUGCACACACUUUUUUUUAAAAAAAAUUCUUACACAUAUAUAUACAUAUUCGUCAAUCAGUGUUUAUGAAGGACCCUGGCAGUACAACUGUUUCCUCUCAGUGCUAAACUACAGUGAUGAGCAUUGCCUGAUUACUGAAUAUUCCAAGGCUGUGGCCUAUAGCCCCUGCUUUUUAGAGGCCCCCAAAUGGAUAAAAUUGUUUUAACCUAUGCCUAAAAUUGUAUGUUUUGAUUUCAAAAGGGCACGAAAAAAAGCAUUUUGCCUUGUUCCCGAUAUCUUAAUUGGACCAUGGCAAUGAGUCGUAUGUAGUAGGACCUACUCAGAGGAAGAUGAAUGCUAAAAUUAGCUUAAGAUGUGUAAUUUCAAAAUUUAUAUAAAUGAUGUCACAAAAAUGGAUUAUGAAAGUCCCAACCGCAAAAAACAACAUUUGGCCAAAUUAGUAGUUGUCAAGUCUUGAUCUAUUCAUAUUCUUUUGUUACAUAAUUUUUUGUUUAUUUAGUGCUAUUUAUUUUUUUCUUUUUUGUACUUUUUCAUGUAAGAUACUUUAACAAUAUUUUUUUUCUUUAGAAAAAAAAACUUAACUUCAGCACAGAGGCAAUAUAUGUAUUGUAUGUAUAUAUCAGUCACUUCAACUUUAUUAACUUUGUUGUUUUUGAAACCUCAGUUUUUGAAGAAGUUU